ACACUUAUUUUUUAGAAAGCAUAGACAAAGCUCAUAAUAAUUCAUACAUUUCAUACUGUAGUGUGUAAAGUUGUUUUAAAAUAAAUUUCUUCAAUUUAACACAAUAUUUAAGAGUAUGUAAAUCUUUUUUUGUAAAUAUAGGCAUAUUCCGUUUUUAUUAAGUGUUUGCUAGAAUCGUACGUACGGAUUCCCGGUUCACAAUGUCAGAGACAGCUCAAGUUAGCUCUUUACCUCUGCCUCCAAUGCAAUAUAUAAAUUUUUACACGGAUGAAAAUGUUAGAAGAAAUAGAGCUCCUCUACCACCUCGACCUAUUCAUGAUUCUUAUUCAAUGUUUGGUAAUUCUUUUAACGCUGAUGAUGCUAUUAUACGUUCGUUAGAAAGCCAGGGAUUUCGAAGAUUGUAUCCUAUGCAUUUUGAACGAAGAAGAGAAUUGAAGAAACUUAACCAUUCACUGCUGGCAAAUUUUCUGGAUUUGUUGGAUUUGCUUGUUCAUUGUCCAGAUUCUCCAAAGAGAGCAGAAAAAGUAGAAGACCUAAGUUUGUUAUUUAUUCAUAUACAUCAUCUUCUAAAUGAAUUUAGGCCACACCAAGCAAGAGAAACAUUGAGAGUAAUGAUGGAAUUGCAGAAAAGACAGAGGGUUGAAACUGCAGCAAGAUUCAAGAAACACUUAGACAAGGUACAGGAUAUUUUACAGAAUGCUCUCCAAAGCUUACCAGAUCAAAAUGAAUUGGAAUCAAAUUUCAAAGUGCCAAAUGAAUUGUUGGACCAAAUGGAAAAUAAUACUUGCAAUAUUCAAAAGGCUGAUCCCUGCUUUGAAUUAGAUAGAAUUAUGUGCAAUGUAGUUGAUAAUAUGAGAUAGUAUUUAUGUGAAUUAUGGCUGACUGCUAAAAUCCAUUACUCAAUAAACAACUCCAAUACUUAGGAUUUAGAUUUAUGUGAGGCAAUUGUACUAACAAUUAUUAUAUUAAAAGUAUUGUAACCAUCUA